AUGUUGCCUAUACUACUCUUUUGUCAUAUUGCUGUUGUCAUGACAACGGCUGCCGCUGUUCCCAUACGACGCGAUCCUAAUACCUUUUGCUGGCAGAAAACAGAUACGGUCUUUGUGUUUGGCGAUUCCUAUUCUGCUGUUGGUGGAGAAAAAGGGUCAUCAUCAACAUGGAGCCUUUUUGAGUCAGAUGAUGCUGUCAGCAACAAUCCAAUUAUAUUAAACGAGACCACAGCAUCAGGCCCCAAUUGGAGCGAGUAUAUCACUGGUUGCUACGAGGGGCGACCACAGGAUUGCUCAAUCCAUCUUUUUAAUAUGGCGUACAAUGGUGCCACUGUCAACAGCCAACUUGUGAAACCAUGGCGCCCGAUCAUUGCGGAUUUCAUCCAGCAGGUCAAGCUUUGGAAAGACCAUGUUGUAUCUUCCAUCCAAUCGUCGAAUGCCGUAUCAUUCAUUUGGUUUGGCAUCAAUGACAUUAGCAAAAGCAUCGACAAUGACGACAUUGAGGAUCUUUUCGCAAAGGAUAUUGGCGAUUACUUUGCUCAAAUGGAAGCUUUGUAUCAAAGCAACAUCAGGCGCUUCGUCAUGAUUAACGUGCCGCCGGUGGAUCGCACGCCGAAAUUUGCACCCGAUAAGGAUGUACUAAUUGACCGAAUCAGCAAGUACAACACAAUGCUGCACGAUAAUGCCGAGGAGUUUCGAAAGCGGCACACAGAUGUAGUAAUUGUCGAAAUUGAUGCUCAUCAACUCUUUUCCAAUUACUUGAACAAUCCUCAGCAAAUCCGCAUCCAAGAUACAACCAGCUAUUACGAAAAGGAAGACACCGACAGCAAACUACCAAUUCAGCAGUACUUUUGGAAUGAUAAUCUCCACCCAACGUACACAGUCCAUCAGGCCCUAGCACAACAUAUCAAAAGUGAGCUGGAGCGCUCCAGUGCAUGUUAG